CGCGGCACCUGUGCUGUGAGCGCGAGCGCGUGUCCGAACGCCCGCGUGCCCCAGUCACGACCAAUAGGAGCCCUUAAAAUGUCUGCGAGUUGCGGAGAGGAGCUUCGUCACCCUCCCUUCCUGUCCCGUGCGGUUCGCUUCGGUCCAGUGAUUCCGUUUCUCGGCGGAGGGAGCUGCCGGACGGGCGCCCCGACAUGACGCAGCGGCUCCGCCUGACGGGACGGUGGGAUCACGAUGUACUCCAUCCGAAGCUUGCCAACAAUGGGCUACAGGGAGUAUUCAGAAGAAGAUGGGGUUGAAGACAUGACGCAGCUGGAAGAGCUAAAUGAAGGCUCGGUGCUGGUAAAUCUCAAGAAGAGGUUUGAUCGUGAGCUGAUUUAUACGUACAUUGGCAGCAUCCUGGUGUCCGUGAACCCAUACAAGCUGUUCAAUAUCUACGGAACAGACGUGGUGCUGCAGUACGAAGGCCAUGGGCUUGGAGAGAACCCCCCUCAUCUUUUCGCUGUUGCAAAUGUGUCCUACACUAAAAUGAUGGAUGCCAAGCAGAACCAGUGCAUUAUUAUCAGUGGAGAAAGUGGCUCAGGGAAAACUGAAGCCACCAAGCUUGUCCUGAGAUACCUGGCGGCAGUUCAUCACAAAGGCAGCAUCACACAGCAGAUCCUUGAGGCGGCUCCCCUUCUAGAGUCGUUUGGAAAUGCCAAAACCGUGAGGAACGAUAAUUCAAGUCGUUUUGGGAAAUAUGUGGAGAUUUUUAUGGAGGAGGGAGUGAUCAGCGGUGCCAUAACCUCACAGUAUCUGCUUGAGAAGUCACGGAUUGUGUUUCAGGCCAAAAAUGAGAGGAAUUAUCAUAUUUUUUAUGAGAUGCUCGCUGGCCUUCCUGCACAACAGAAACAGGCCUUCUACCUUCAAGAGGCAGAGACGUACUAUUACCUCAACCAGGGGGGCAACUGUGAGAUCCCAGGAAAGAAUGACAGCGAGGACUUCCUCAGGCUCCUCAGCGCCAUGGAGAUCCUUAACUUCAGUGCCGAAGACCAGAAUAGCAUCUUCAGGGUUUUGUCUUCCAUCCUCCACCUGGGGAACGUGUUCUUUGAGAGAUACGAGGCUGAUUCCCAGGAGGUGGCUUCUGUGGUGAGUGCCCAGGAGAUCCGUGUGGUAGCCGAGCUUCUCCAGAUCUCCCCAGAAGCUCUGCAGAAGUCCAUCACCUACAAGGUCAUGGACACCAUGAGGGAGAAGAUAUUCACUCCUCUGACUGUGGAGAGUGCUGUCGAUGCCAGAGAUGCCAUUGCCAAGGUCCUGUACUCUCUCCUGUUCACCUGGCUCACGGACAGAAUCAACAAGCUUGUUUACCCAAGAAACGAAGCGUUGUCCAUCUCCAUUCUGGACAUUUAUGGAUUUGAGGACCUCGCUUUCAACAGUUUUGAGCAGCUUUGCAUUAAUUAUGCAAAUGAAUACCUGCAAUUCUUUUUCAACAAGAUAGUGUUCAAAGAAGAGCAAGAUGAAUACAUCAGGGAGCAGGUGAGCUGGCAGGAAGUGUCUUUCAGCGAUAAUCAGGUCUGCAUUGACCUCAUUGCCUCAAAGCCUCAUGGGAUACUUAGGAUACUUGAUGACCAGAGCUGUUUCCCCCAGGCAACCGACCACACUUUUCUUCAGAAAUGUCACUACCACCAUGGCAGCAACCCUCUCUAUGCUAAGCCAAAGAUGCCUCUGCCUGAAUUCACCGUGAAGCACUAUGCUGGAAGAGUCACGUAUCAGGUCUACAAGUUUCUGGACAAAAACUUUGACCAAGUUCAGCAGGAAGUCCUUGAUCUCUUCAUUCAAAGCAAAAACAAGAUGGUGGCCAACCUGUUCCUGAACCAUGCACAGUUCCUCAACAGGCAGAAGUCCAACGUGAGGAAGACGAACACGGUAACACGGCGAUACCAGCCCGCUACGGUGGCUGCCAAGUUCCAGCAGUCCCUCCUGGAGCUGGUGGAGAGGAUGGAGAGAUGCAAUCCCUUCUUUGUUCGCUGCAUAAAGCCAAACAACAGAAAGGAGCCAGGCAUUUUCGAGGUGGACCUGGUUGCCACCCAACUUCGCUGUUCUGGGAUUCUGGAGACGAUCCGUAUCCGGAAGGAAGGCUACCCAGUCAGGCUGCACUUCUAUACCUUCCUCAACCGGUACAAAGCCCUGCUAGGUUUGAAAGAAACCCCACCAGCAGAUGGAGAGAACUGUGUCUUAAUGCUGAAGAAGCUCUGUCCUGUCAGGGCAGGGUCGUACCAAGUGGGGGUCACCAAACUCUUCAUGAAGGAGGACCUGUACCAGCUCCUGGAGAGUAAACGGGACCGUGUGCGACAUAUUGCAGCCCUUACGCUCCAGCGCUACACGCGCAUGUUCUUUGUCCGGAAGCGCUACGUCUCCUUCCGCAUGAAGAUCGUCCGGCUGCAGGCCCACUGCCGGGGCUACCUCACUAGAAAGCACUACGUUCGGAUGAGGCAGAGUCUGGUCAAGUUCCGUUCCCUGAUCUACAUGUACGUCGACCGCAAGAGAUACAUCAAGAUGAAGUUUGAAGCCAAGAGGAGAGCUGAAGAGGAAAGGAGGAGAAGAGAAAUGGAGCUGACAAAGCGAGAGGUGGUCAAUGUUACUCAUCUGGCCAUCCCAGCGGAGCUGGGAGCCCUGCUGCAAGCCGUCACAGGAGGCAGGGAGCUGCACUCAGACUGCCUUGCUCUGGUCCAGGCUCCCAGGAUAGAGGUGCACUCUCAGCUCACUUUGCCUCUUGACAUCAACAACUACCCCAUGUCCAGAUAUGUCCAGAUCCACUUUAGGGAGCCCAAGUUUGGGAUGCUGAUGGCUCCCAUUGAAGCGCCGUUAACUCACAUAGAGGAGGAGUUGAAGAAGGAGGCCCUCGGCAUCUUCAUCAUGGUUCUGAGGUUCAUGGGGGACCCGCACCUGAAUGGAGCUCAGGAGAACCUAUUUGGGAACUACAUCGUGCAGAAGGGCCUCUCGACUCCAGGCCUGAGGGAUGAAAUCCUGUGUCAGGUUGCCAACCAGAUGUGCAGGAACCCCAACGCUGCCAAUGCGGAGAGGGGCUGGCUGCUGCUUCUGGCUUGCCUGAGUGCCUUUGCACCUUCGCCAAAGCUGGAGAAGUACCUCCUCAAGUUCGUCUCGGACUUUGGCCACAGUGGCUUUGAGGCGGCAUGCCAACAUAGGCUCAUCCAGGCGAUGCAGAAAUCCAACCUUGGGCCAGCGGCUGCGAGGAGCCGCCCGCUGUCUCUGCUGGAGUGGACAGCCAACAGGAAGAAGGCAAACAUGGUGCUGCAAGUGCACUGCUUCGACGGUUCCUCGUUCCUGUGUCCCCUCCAUUCCUGGACAAGUGGGGAAGAACUGGCUGGAGCUAUUCUCCAGCACAGGGGUGUGGAGGAGGGUUGGCGGGGCUGCUCCGUCCUCUUGAUGGAGCACGACCAGUGGGCCGAGCUGGUGGGCCACGACUACGUCCUGGACCUGGUAGCCGACCUGGAGCUCCUACCAGACUUCCCCCGGCAGAAGUCGUACCUGGUCAUCUCUUCUUCAGAGCCUCCAGCUCAUGCUCGGCCCCGUACCAGCCUUGUCCUGUUUGAGAGUGGCUUUGAGUUGGAUGAAGAUACCCCACUCCCCCGCACCUUGGGGCACUGGGACCCCACCUCUUCCACUUUACCAGACUCCAAUGGGUACCACAGCCACGUAGAGUCCGACAGCAUCGGCGAGGCGUCCGCCCAGAAGGGCAUGGACCGCUACCUGGACAGCCUCUUUGACCCCGUGCUGUCUGAAGGUGCAGGGGAGAAGUCAGCCAGCAUGUCCAACAGGAUGAAAGGGGGUGGUGGGAUCAGAGGGGGGGACAGAGAGAAGAGCCAGCCUAGUGCUCGUGGACACUACCCCCCAGGACUGCAGCCCGGUGCUGUGCAGGUCCUGCCUGUCAUGGGCACCAUGGUGCCAGGAGUGAACCCUGUACCACCCCUGCGGGCUACCUCCCCCGAUCCAGAUGUGGCCACAGCGCCUGCUGCCCCCGCAAUGUCCACAAUGCCAGCCAUGCCUACAAUGCCAGCCAUGCCUACCAUUCCCAGUGUGCCUGCAAUACCUACAAUGGCUGGCAAUGUGUCAGAGGCGGAACAGAGUGUGUUGGCCCAGCAACAACAGGCCAUCAUCAACCAGCAAGCGAUUAUCCUGGCACAGCAGAUGACCAUGCAGGCCUUGGCACUGCAGCAGCAGAUGUAUGCUGACCAUAUGACUGGCCAUGUGACGGGUCAUGUGACGGGUCAUGUGACCAACCCCUACGGGAGCCCUCACGCCAGUCCGCGGUUCCAGCAUUCUGCCCUGACACCGCUACCCCGGGCCACCGCUCCCUCUCAGAGCAGGCCGACAGCAGGGAGUCCGCUGCGUACCCAGGCUCCAGCCCAGCAGGGGGGCAGAGAGAGGCCGACACACCGGGGCCCUGCACACUCAGUCACAGCUGAGGACACGGUGAGGUCCUCCGUCUCUAACGCAGAGCACAUCGAGCCAAGCCACAACAUCAAGGACAUAAUCAAGCAGUACCAGCCCGGAACCCCAGCCAGACCCUCGGAGACAGCCAGGAAGGAGGGGAAGGUGUUUGUGAAGAAGCCAGACCCUCAUGAUGAGGCCCUGACCAUUCUCAAAGGUCAGAUGGGCACUCAGCAGGCCCAGCACUCAAUGCAGCAGCCAGCCCCUUUGACACCAAAGACUCAGAAGGGGCGCACUCCGCCCCUCUCGCCAGCCAGGACUGUCAAGGCAGAGCCCACCGAGUCGUCAGACCCCCAAAUCACCCCUCCUCCCAAGCCAGUGUCCAGGGAGCUGCCGCUGGAGGAGGACAGCAUGCAGACGCAGUUACAUAGGCGGACCAGCGAGGAGCAUUUCACUUACACCAACGUGCCCUGGAAGAUCUACCUGCGCAAAGAGGUUUUCUAUCCAAAGGACAGCUUUAAUAAUCCACUGCUUCUGGAUCUCAUAUUCAGACAGAUAGUCCAUGAUACAUUUUCUGAAGCUUGUGUCCGAAUUACCACGGAGGAACGCCAGAAGAUGAAGUCCUUGUUUGUGGAGAACCGUAUCGAGCCAAAUUCAGCCAUUCAGGAUGAAAGUGUGAAGAAGAAGGUCAUCACAGCAGCCAGGGACACUUGGGAGAUUUACUUCUCUCGCCUCUUCCCUGCUUCGGGCAGUGUGGGAACUGGAGUCCAGGUCUUGGCCGUGUCUCACAGCGGAAUCAAGCUGCUGAGGAUGGUGAAGAGCAGCACGUCGUCCCAGGAGUUCUUCCGGGUCCUCCGGCCUUACAGCUACACGGACAUCAUGUUCGUCACCAUUCCGUCGAGGAACAUGCUGGAGUUCAACCUGAUCAACGAGAAGCUCAUUCUGUUUUCGGCCAAGGCGCCGCAGGUGAAGGCCAUGAUUGACUUCUUCAUCACCGAGCUUAAGAAGGAUUCAGACUACGUAGUGGCUGUGAGAAAUUACAUCACGGAUGAUCGAACGCUUCUCAGCUUUCAUAAAGGUGAUAUCAUUCGUCUACAGAAGAUGGAAGGCCUGGAAGAAGGCCACUACUACGGUUGCAUUGUGAGAAAGAAGGUGAUUUUCCUGGAGGAGUUAAAGAAAGAGACGUCUGACUUUGGCUGGAAGUUCGGUGCCGUCCACGGGCGCUCGGGCAUCUUCCCCGCCGAAUUUGUUCAGCCGGUGGCCGCCCCUGACUUCAUCAGCCUGCCUGUGGAGAGGAAGGACGAGCCCAAGGACAAGCAGGGUCGCGUGGCCGCUUCAGCUGCGGUCGCUGUUGCCGUGGCCUCCACCAUGGCAGCUCAUGAGCUGGACCGCCCCAUUGAGGUGCCAGGUGCCGGUGAGUACACAGAAACCUAUGAUGCGCAUGGCCCUGUGGAGAUGGAUGAGAGGAUGCUUCAGGACAGCAGAUACAGUCUGGUGGAGUUUGCCAAGAAGUAUUUCAGGGAGGCCCAGAGCAAAGAGAGCAAUUCAUACAAACAGAAGUCAAAGAAAGGCAAAGAGACAAGAAACCCAGUGGAUAUGGUGAAAUAUACCAAAGCCCCAAUUCAAGAGUCCCUGAUCGAUUUCACUGAUGAAAACAUGAACAAAGUGGCAGCAGAAAUAUUUCUGGCGGUGAUGAAGUUUAUGGGAGACUACCCCCUGAAAGGGCAGACUGAGCAAGAGGUCGUGUGGACCGUUCUGAGGCUCAGUGGGGAGUAUAACCUCAUGAAGGACGAAGCCUACUGCCAGGUUCUCAAGCAGAUCACUGCCAACACCAGCUCCAAAACGGACAGCUGCCAGAGGGGCUGGAGGCUUCUCUACCUCCUCACAGCCUACUACCGCUGCUCUGAGGUGCUGAAGCCCUUCCUGCUCAGGUUUCUGCAGGACAUGGGUCAGAGCUCAGGGACACACUUUCAAGGGAUUGCUAAAGCCUGUGAACAAAAUCUGAGGAAGACCUUCCAAUAUGGCGGCCGAACCGAGUUCCCAAGCAGCAUGGAACUGAAAGCGAUGGUGGCUGGGCGAAGCUCCAAGCGACAGCUCUUCCUUCUGCCAGGUGGAAUCGAACGUCACCUUAAAAUUAAGACUUGCACGAUUGCCCUGGAUGUCACUGAAGAGCUAUGUUACGAGAUGGGUUUGCAUAGACUGGAAGCCAUGGAUGAAUAUGCCAUCUUUGUGGUCACCAACAGAGGCCAGAACGUCCGUCCGUUAACCAAGAAAGAGUAUAUCCUGGACGUAUCUACAGAAUCUGAGCCCGUUGACAGCAACUACAGCUUUUGGUUUAGAAGGGUGAUCUGGUUCCAGCCGCUGAAAUUUGACAACGAGCUUUGCGUUACCAUGCAUUACAACCAGGUGCUUCCAGACUACCUAAAAGCCCUGCUCAAUGUUCUGCCCCAGGGGAAGGCUAGUGAGCAGCAGCUCCAGCAGGUGUCCAAGCUGGCUGCAUUGCAGCACCGUGCUUCUGCCAGCGUUUACCUUCCCACCCUCCGUGAGGUGCAGGACACCAUCCCCCUGCAGCUAUACGGGCUGCAGAGACCACAGCAGUGGCUCAACAUGGUGACUCAGCACAUGCAGCAGGUCCAGGCCCUGAGUCCACACCAGGCUAGGUCCCAGUUCCUAGGACUUGUGAGUGCCUUCCCCAUGUUCGGCUCAUCCUUCUUCUACAUCCAGAGCAGCAGCAACACUGCCAUUAUGGCCCCUUGCAUACUGGCUGUGAAUCAGAAUGGGCUUAACUUCCUCAACAAGGAUACCCAUGAGCUCAUGGUGAGGUUCCCCCUGAAGGAGGUGCAAUCCACACGGACCCAGAGGCCAACUGCAGGGACCAGCUUUCCGUACGUGGAGAUCAAGCUGGGGAACCUGAUGACCCAGCGCAUCUCCCAGCUACAGCUAGACCAGGGUCUGGAGCUGUGUCGUGUCAUCGCAAUGCAUGUGGAGAACAUGCUCUCGGUCCGAGAGAAGAGGCUGACCCUGCCGCCCAGCGAGAUCACACUGCUCUAGGGGAAGCCACCCAGCCAGCCCUUCGACACUGCUUUUCUGGCGAUUUCACCAACGCUUUCUGGGAUUUCACCCGUGAAGGUCUCGGUACAAACGGAGUUCUUUCACCACCGUGCAACCAAAGCAACGUGCGUGUAAAUAAGACACGCUGUUAUUUUUUGUGUCUACACGUCUGAGCAUUUUAAAUGUAUUUCGUGUGAACGAAGCGACUGAUUUCAACUUAAGUGCUAUUUUUGUAAAACAUUAAAUAUUUCUAUAGAAAC